GUGUAUUUAAUCAGACAAACUGCUAAUAAUUAACUUCUGAGUUGGACAUUGAGCCUUUCUUUGAUACUGAUGGUUCCUGAGCAAUUACUCAUUAUGUCACCCUUGACUUCUGAGUUAUCUUGUAACUCUGUGUACAAUAAGACAACACAAUUAUUGCAGUCACUCUACUGUCUCCUUUUAUUUACCGUUCCUCAAGAGCACACAUGAUAAAGCAAAUCCAGUUCCAGCCUUAGUAGCACCAUCCCCAAGUGUCCCUGUCACACCUAGGCCUUUCUAAGCAAAAGGGUUCAGUGGCAGACACUCUCCUCAGGAGUCACCCUCUUUCUUUUCUCAGAUGUUGGGGGUUACCUUAGAAUGGAGAUUCAAAGUCUCUUUGGGGUUUUGUCAGCCAACUGCCAUAACACACAGACAACGUGAAAAUGUGGGAAAAAAAGAACCAAAAGAAGGAGUUUGGAAAAUCUUCAGGCUAGAAAUCAGUAAAAGGAACCUGGAUCCUGAGGACUCAGAAAGACCAGUGCAGCAUAUGGUCACUCAGCUGCAAGACACUGCAGAUUCCCAGGCCUGGGGCACUGCUGGUGUCAUGGGUCCCCUUGCCAGGUGGCACCAGCCACUGUGGGACCAGCCAUUGCUGGACGUUUUGUUGGCAUUCAGCAGGCUUCUCACCGGAGAGGUCUGUUGCAUCAAAGUAAUGUCUUUAGCAGGUCCAGACGAGUUUGUGUUGGUUGGUGUGCAUUGAUCAAGGCUAUGGUUUCUGAGCAAUGAUUGUGGUGUCCUGCAUUGACUCUGUGUCUUCCCUUUAUCUCCCCUUUGACCUCUUGGGUCUUCCUCUCUUCCCUUCUCCUGAGCCUAUGCAGCUUCCCAAGCCCUUUUUCACUACUUUGAUUUGUGGGGUUGUGCAAUAGCACUGAGUUAAUAAAUAACUGUGUGUCAUCAGGGAUUUUGUCCCAAGACCGCUUGAGGGUGUGGGGGGACUUUUAUCCCAAGCAUCUGCCCAGAUCUCUCAGCUGGCCAGAGCGAGAGGAAGGAGCUGCUGUUUCUUCUCCCCGGAGCUAUGUCAGCAGCCCUGGAGAAGUUCUGCGGCUCCAUCUUCUGGAAUGAUUCCUACCUUGCCCGUCCGGAUGCCGACCUGCCUGUGUGCUUCCAGCAGACUGUGGUGGUCUGGAUCCCUCUUGGCUUCUUCUGGAUUUUGGCCCCAUGGCAGCUCCUGCCCAUGUGCAAAUCCAAAGCCAAGAAAUCCUCCGUGACCAAACUCUUCAUCAUCAAACAGGUGCUGGCUGCUCUGCUGGUGCUGGCGGCAGUGGCAGAGUUGGCCCUGGCAUUUGUAGAGAAUGAUGAGCAGGGUGGUGUGCCAGCUGUCCUGUACACAAACCCCAGCCUGUACAUCGCCACCUGGAUCAUGGUCCUGCUGAUCCAUGAUGCACGACGCUUCUGCUUGCGCAGAGAUUCGGGGUCGCUUUUCUGCUUCUGGACACUGUCCCUUCUCUGUGGGAUACUGCCAUUCCAGUCACUCGUCCGGAAAGCCGUGCAGGAACCAAUCUCUGACCUGCCACGGUUUAUCCUUUUCUUCAUCUCCUACGGACUCCAGCUGCUGCUCUUCCUUGUCUCAGGCUUCUCAGAUAUUGCCCCAGAAACAAAGGAAAUUGGGAAGAAGAACCCAGAGGUGACAGCCUCCUUCCUGAGCUCCAUCACUUUUGAAUGGUACAGCAGCAUGGUUUUCAAGGGCUAUCGCAAGCCUUUAGAGAUAGAGGAUGUCUGGGAACUGAAAGAUAAAGACAAGACAAAGGCUCUUUAUACUGCUUUUGAGAAGAACAUGAAGACUGCAAUGAAGAAGGCCAGAGCAGAACUGGAGAAACGGGAACGCAAGAAGAGACGCCGGGCACGUGACCCAGACCAUGGGAACAGCAUGAGCAAGGCCCAGAGCCAAGACAUCCUGGUGCUGGAGGAGAAACAGCCAAAGAAAAAGAAGAAGAAGAAGGGAGACAACGAGGACUCAGGCCCUCCCAAGGAUUACCCCAGGGGCUGGUUGUUGAAAACCCUGGCCAAGACCUUCCAGCAGAAUCUCCUGCUAGCGGUGGCAUUCAAGUUGGUGCAUGAUGCACUUGUGUUUGUCAGUCCCCAGCUGCUGAAGCUGCUGAUUGCCUUUGUGUCAGAUGAGGAUGCCUUUGCCUGGCAAGGUUAUUUAUACGCCAUCCUGCUCUUCCUGGCGGCGGUGCUUCAGUCCCUCUGCCUGCAGCAGCACUUCAGCUUGUGCUUCCAACUUGGCAUAAAUGUGCGAGCCAGUCUCAUCGCUGCCAUCUACAAGAAGUCGCUCACCAUGUCCGGAGCCACCCGCAAGGAGUCCACGGUGGGAGAGACUGUGAAUCUGAUGUCAGCUGAUGCCCAGAGGUUCAUGGACGCCGCCAACUUUAUUCACCAAUUGUGGUCAUCUCCCCUGCAAAUUAUCCUGUCCAUUGUCUUCCUCUGGGCAGAGUUGGGCCCCUCUGUCUUGGCUGGCAUUGCAACCAUGGUGCUGCUCCUCCCCAUAAAUGCGAUCCUGGUUGCCAAGGCCAAAACCAUUCAGGAGAAGAACAUGAAGCACAAGGAUGAACGCAUGAAAAUAAUGACUGAAAUCCUCAAUGGAAUCAAGAUCCUGAAGCUUUUUGCCUGGGAGCCCUCCUUUGAGAAGCGAAUUAUUGACAUCCGGGCACAUGAGCUCAAGAACUUGGUGAACUUCGGUUAUCUGCAGUCAGUCUCUGUCUUUGUGUUCACAUGUGCCCCAUUCCUGGUCUCCUUGGCAAGCUUUGCUGUCUACGUGCUUGUGGAUGAGAACAACAUCUUGGAUGCACAGAAGGCCUUCACUGCCAUCUCCCUUUUCAAUGUGCUGCGCUUCCCCAUGGCCAUGCUGCCCAUGGUCAUCUCCUCCCUGGUGCAGACCAAUGUGUCAACUGCGAGGCUGGAGCGCUACCUGAGUGGAGGCGACCUGGACACCUCAGCUAUCCACCACAACCCCAUUGAAGGCAAUGCUGUGCGUUUCUCGGAUGCCACCUUUGCCUGGGAGCAGGACAGCAACGCUGCCAUAAGAGAUGUCACCCUGGACAUCACACCUGGAAGCCUGGUGGCUGUGGUGGGGCCUGUGGGCUCAGGCAAAUCUUCGCUGGUGUCAGCCAUGCUCGGGGAGAUGGAGAAUAUCAAGGGACACAUCAACAUCCAGGGCUCCCUGGCCUAUGUCCCCCAGCAGGCCUGGAUCCAGAAUGCCACACUGAAAGACAACAUCAUUUUCGGGUCAGAACUGGAUGAAGCCAGAUAUCAGAAGGUCAUCAAGGCCUGCGCCCUCCUUCCAGACCUGGAAUUGCUGCCUGCAGGUGACCAGACAGAGAUUGGAGAGAAGGGAAUCAACCUGAGUGGAGGCCAGAAGCAGCGGGUCAGCCUGGCCAGGGCGGUGUACAGCGAUGCAGACAUCUACAUCCUGGACGAUCCGCUGUCUGCUGUGGAUGCCCACGUGGGCAAGUACCUCUUCGAGCACGUGCUGGGGCCAAAAGGGCUCCUGAAAAAGAAGACACGGAUCUUGGUGACGCAUAGUAUCAGUUUCCUGCCCGAGGUUGAUAACAUCGUGGUGCUGGCAUCAGGGGCAGUGUCUGAGCAUGGCUCCUACAGCACUCUGCUUGCAAACAAGGGGGCCUUUUCCCAGUUCCUGAACUUGUAUGGAAACCAGGAAGAGGAUGUUUCAGAGGAAAAUACUGCAGCUGUUGCUUUAGCUGUGGAUGAAGAGGAGGCUGAUGAAGAUGUUGAUCCUUGCCUGGAUGAGCGCUCUGAUGAUGUGGUGACUAUGACGCUGAGGAGAGAGGCCAGCAUCCAUCGGAGAAAACUGAGUCGCAGCCUCAGUAAAAAGAGCACCAGCUCCCAGAAGAAGGCCCAGGAGGAGCCCCCAAAGAAGCUGAAGGGACAGAAACUGAUCGAGAAAGAAGCUGUGGAAACUGGCAGGGUGAAGUUCUCCAUGUACAUGCGGUACCUGCGUGCUGUUGGCUGGUGCCUUUCCUUCUGGACUGUCAUGUGCUAUGUUGGACAGUACGUCGCCUACGUGGGGACCAACCUGUGGCUCAGUGACUGGACUGAUGAUUCAGUGCGCUAUCAGAACCAGACCUAUCCCACGCACCUACGGGACAUGCGGAUUGGUGUCUUUGGGGCACUGGGCUUCUCACAAGCUCUCUUCCUGCUCUUUGCAACCGUGCUGUCUGUCUGGGGCUCCAUGCAAGCCUCCCGCAUCAUGCACCAGCAGCUGCUCAGCAACAUCCUGCGCGCUCCCAUGAGCUUCUUCGACACCACCCCCGUCGGCCGCAUCGUCAAUCGGUUUGCCAAGGACAUCUUCACGGUAGAUGAGACCAUUCCCACGUCCUUCCGCAGCUGGCUCUCCUGUUUCAUGGGCAUCAUUAGCACACUGAUCGUGAUCUGCCUGGCCACUCCAUUCUUCGCUGUUGUUAUCGUUCCCUUGAGCAUCUUCUACUAUUUUGUGCUGCGCUUCUAUAUCUCCACAUCACGCCAGCUAAGGCGUCUGGACUCUGUCACCAGGUCUCCCAUCUACUCCCACUUUGGUGAGACAGUGUCAGGCCUUUCUGUGAUCCGGGCCUAUGGACACCAAGAACGGUUCCUGAAGCAUAAUGAGAUCAUCAUGGACAUAAAUCAGAAGAGUGUUUAUUCCUGGAUAAUAUCAAAUAGGUGGCUGGCCAUCCGUCUGGAGUUUGUUGGGAGCCUGGUGGUCUUCUUCUCUGCACUUCUGGCAGUGAUUGCAAAGGGCACUUUAGAGGGUGGCAUCGUGGGGCUUUCUGUCUCCUCUGCUCUCAAUGUGACCCAGACACUGAACUGGCUGGUGCGGACAUCUUCAGAACUGGAGACCAACAUCGUGGCUGUGGAGCGGGUCCAUGAGUAUAUGAAGGUGAAGAAUGAGGCUCCAUGGGUGACCAAAAAUCGUCCACCACGUGGCUGGCCCAGCAGAGGCGAGAUCCAGUUUGUUGACUACCAAGUUCGCUACCGACCUGAACUGGACCUGGUUCUUCAGGGGAUCACCUGUAAUAUUGGGAGCACUGAGAAGGUUGGGGUUGUAGGCCGGACUGGGGCUGGAAAAUCCUCUCUCACCAACUGCCUGUUCCGGGUGCUGGAGGCGGCUGGAGGGAAGAUCAUCAUUGAUGAUGUGGAUAUAGCAACAAUUGGCCUCCAUGACCUGCGCAACAACCUCACCAUCAUCCCCCAGGACCCUGUGCUCUUCACUGGAACCUUGCGGAUGAACCUGGACCCCUUUGACCAGUACUCAGAUGAGGAAGUCUGGAAGGCCCUGGAGCUGGCUCAUCUGAAGACAUAUGUGCAAGGCCUUCCUGAGGGGCUGCUGCAUCUCGUGAGCGAGGGAGGGGAGAACUUGAGUGUUGGGCAGAGGCAGCUGGUGUGCCUGGCCCGGGCCCUUCUCCGCAAAGCCAAGAUCCUCAUCCUGGAUGAGGCAACAGCAGCCGUAGAUCUGGAAACUGAUAAUUUAAUCCAGACAACAAUCCGGAAUGAGUUUGCAGACUGCACUGUCCUUACUAUUGCCCAUCGCCUCCACACCAUCAUGGACAGUAACAGGGUGAUGGUGCUGCAUGCUGGGCAGAUUGUGGAAUUCGACAGCCCUCAGGAACUGCUCAUGAAGCAGGGCACCUUCUCUGCGAUGGCAAAGGACGCCGGCAUCACCAUUGCAGAAACCACUGCCCUGUAGGCAGAGUGCUGCACGGGCCUGGGGUGUGAGACAGCUCCUCCUGUGCCACUCACCCAGCAAGCACUGGUGUCUCCCAAGCCAAGCUGCCCAGGAAUUGGCCUCUGCAGCGGGGAAGCAAAGAGAGUGGCUUCUCUGGCUGUCCAGAGACAGAAUAUCUGGACUCGAGUGAGCUGUUAACCUUGCUACCACAUCCUGCCUGCUGUGCACACAAGGGUCUGGAGCUAUAUAAUUUAUUUCAGGAUACAGGGGCAAAGCUAUCUGCCAGGCAGGGAGAUCAUGACCUCCAGUGGGGGUGGUCUUAGUUUUUGUACUUCACCAUGCCAGGUGCAUCUACCUUAGAGAUGCUUUAGCAUUAUGGAAUUAAAUUUACAGUUUAAUCUAAGAAUGAAUGUUAUAAUUUAUUUACUUUUGGUAACUGUAGUCUUCCAACUCCAAGGCUGGUGUAAGCCUCGGUUUAGCUUUAAACCUGGCUAGUGCUUGAGUGGGGAGAGCUGCCAACAGAAGUUACACAGAGCUGGGCAGUCCAAAUCCAGAGGGACAGCUCUACUCAUGCAAGGAUACUAUGCUGUAGCAAAACCAGGACUGCCUUGCCUGCCUUCCCUGUGGCUUCUACUCCCUUUGAUUGUAUUGCAAAUAAAUGAGCCCUUCCCUGAGGUUAUCACAAC